UUACCACCCAAAGGUAGACGUUUGAUGAAGGAUACGUACAAUACGCUUUAGGGCAUCAAGACAACCUUUCUUGGUACAGCGGAGAUACCCAAAAUAUAUCUGUCUGCAAGGAAAAGAGUAGAUUUACAAUCUAUAUCUGCAUCUGUAUCUGCAGCAGAAAGAUAAGUGUAAUUACUGUCAGAGUCGAAAGAUUUAAGAUUGAUGCGUGGCAUGGGGAAUCUGUACGUGCAGGCGGUGCCACCACCAGAUUUGAACAAGAACACAUCGUGGUUCAUGUAUCCGGGCGUGUGGACGACUUACAUUCUCAUCCUCUUCUUUGCUUGGCUCAUCGUCCUUUCUGUAUUUGGAUGCACUCCUGGGACAGCUUGGACCGUCGUUAAUCUGUGCCAUUUUGCGGUCACUUACCAUUUCUUUCACUGGAAGAAGGGUACCCCUUUUUCAGAAGAUCAGGGAAUAUAUAAUAAGCUGACAUGGUGGGAACAGAUGGACAAUGGAAAGCAGCUGACGCGUAACAGAAAGUUUUUGACUGUAGUUCCUGUAGUCCUAUACUUGAUUGCAUCUCAUACCACUGACUAUCAAAAUCCGUGGCUCUUUCUGAACACAAUUGCUGUAUUGGUGCUGGUUAUUGCUAAAUUUCCCAACAUGCACAAAGUAAGAAUUUUCGGAAUUAAUGCAGAUUAUCCAACGUGAUUAUACUGAUGUUAUUAAUACGAUAUAUCUGCUGUCUAUUUUUUAAAUUUGUUUAAUUGCAAAAUAGUUAGCUUCACCUCAAUGUACAAAACGAAAAAAAAUCACACUAUUAAAAAUACUUGAAGGCACUGUAGAAAUUUGUGUAGCAUAUAAUACAGGGACUGAAAUGUAUUGCUUUUCUUCCUGAGCAACUACACUUGUACAGGUCUUCUUUGUAACUUUGUAAGAAACUUUCUCAGCGUGCAGAUUAUGCUGUAAUAUAAUUAUCUUCUUGUUUGUA